CUUUUUCUCAAUUUUUCAGUGUUGACAUUUGGUUUGUUUGAAUUUUACUGAACCAGCUCUGGACUGCACAGAAAGGAUUUUAAAAGUUUGAAAUUCUUUUCCAUUUCAAACUCAAAAUUGACUUGGAACAUGGAUCCCACUGUGGAGUAUAGAGAUAGCUAUGAUUAUGAUUAUGGUGACAACGAAACUAUGUGUGACUACUCUGAGUGGGAGCCGUCCUACUCCCUCAUCCCUGUCCUCUACAUGCUCAUCUUCAUCCUGGGCCUGUCUGGGAAUGGAGUGGUCAUCUUCACCGUCUGGAGGUCCAAGUCCAAGCGCCGAGCAGCAGACGUCUACAUAGGCAACCUGGCCCUGGCUGACCUCACCUUUGUGAUCACUCUGCCCCUCUGGGCGGUGUACACAGCACUGGGCUACCACUGGCCCUUUGGUGUGGCCCUGUGUAAGAUCAGCAGCUACGUGGUGCUGGUCAACAUGUACGCCAGUGUCUUCUGCCUCACCUGCCUGAGCUUUGACCGUUACCUGGCUAUCGUCCACUCUCUGUCCAGCAGCCGGCUGCGGUCGCGGGGCACAAUGCUGGCCUCCCUGGGGGCCAUCUGGCUCCUCUCAGGCCUGCUGGCCGUGCCCACUCUGCUGUUCCGCACCACUGUGGACGACAUCAACAGCAACCGCACCACCUGUGCCAUGGACUUCAGCCUGGUCACCCUAAACGAGAGGCACGAGUCCCUGUGGAUCGCAGGACUCAGCCUGUCCUCCUCUGCCCUGGGCUUCCUUCUGCCUUUCCUGGCCAUGACCAUCUUCUACUGCUUCAUCGGCUGCACCGUCACGCGUCACUUUAACAACCUGCGCAAGGAGGACCAGAAGAAGCGUCGUCUGCUGAAGAUCAUCACCACCCUGGUGGUUGUAUUUGCCAUCUGCUGGACCCCAUUCCACUUGCUGAAGAGCAUGGACGCCCUCUCCUACCUGAACCUGUCUCCCAGCUCCUGUGGGUUUGAGCGCUUCCUCCUGGUGGCCCACCCUUAUGCUACCUGCCUGGCUUACGUUAACAGCUGCCUCAACCCCUUCCUGUACGCCUUCUUCGACCUGCGCUUCCGCUCCCAGUGCCUGUGCCUGCUCAACCUGAAGAAGGCCAUGCAUGGACAGAUGAGCUCCAUGUCCUCCACGCUCAGCGCCCAGACACAGAAGUCAGAGAUACAGUCUCUGGCCACCAAAGUGUAAAGAGAGGGGAGGGAUAGGUGGAGUGGGACUGCUGGCUGGUUCCCUGCUGCCACCACAGGAACACUGACUGGUAAAAACAGUUUUUUGGUGUCCGUUAUUCAGAUGCUUUUAAGGCGUAACAGACAAUGAACCAUACCAGAUGAAUGGACUUUGUUUUCCGGAACAUGGGUUUGCAUAUACAGUAUGUUUUCAUUCUUGCGUAUAUGUACAUUUCUCACCCAUUUUCAAUCCAACGGGUGUGUCAGUGAGUAGGGGAGAAGCCCAGGGAGUCCUCAGCCCUACAGAGGUUCCCUCUAACCCCUGGACUGGACUCUGAAGCUGGGGAGAGUUGGCUGAGCUCCAUAUAGCUGCUUUUUUCCCCCACAUCUCAGAAAAUGACAGAGGUAAAUAUACUUUUCAGACGGACUCUAUUUUUCCUCUUCUCCCUUUCAACUGUUAUUCUUUACUGUAUGAGGGACCAGAACCCUGAACAAAAAGACAGACGGUCAUAGAGGGUUUCUUUCUGUUGUUGUUAUGUAUAUCACAUGCAAACCAGUUUACACUGGGUAAAUCACAAAUGUACAGUAUUUUCAUACUUUUGCUGUUUCAGAUGUGUUGAUAUUUUGUUUUAUUACAAGCACUUGUUAAAUGAAUGAAAUGUAAAAGAGAGGAAAAUGUGUUUGCAAAGAGACCAUAUCUUCUUCAGGUUGUUGUUUGUGAAGGUAGGAGACAGGGCAGGGGGGGGAUGUGUAAGAGGAGGAAAGGUGUUGCAGCUUAAUUACAGAGUUUGAGGAGGAGACAGGGGCAGACAGGCAGAUGGCAGCUGACAAAUGUUGUCAGGGAAGUGGGUGGGGGCUUUACAGUGCCCUCUGGUGCCGGGGAGGAAAGGGAACUUCAUGAAUGUUUUAUUGUAUUGCAUAUAUGUUUUUGACAUCUGUGUAACUAACUGUAUUAAAGAAAUAUGAUCUAUGAAA